AUGCAGUUGGUCUUAUUUGAAUUAUCAUUAUAUUAUUAUUUGCUUAAUACAAAAUGUAAGAAUUCAUUUGGUGGAAACGCUUUUGAUAACGGUAUGAUAUCUCAAUAUUCAGGUCGUUUACCACAAUCAGGUUAUGGACAAUUUAAUAAUCCUGCAGGAUACUUUAACACUAGUGGUCCAUUCCCAGCUGGUAAUGCUAUGCCUGGUGCCGCAUUUCCUCCUACAGGCUUUACUUCACCACCAAUAAUUGCUCCAUUUGGUCCAGGUUUUAAUGGUCCUAUAAUGUACGGUGGUGGUUUCGUUAAUCCACAAAUGCCUUUUCCUUAUGGACAACAACCUCCAUUUGUUGGUCCUAGUUCUUUUGGAAGCGGUGCAUAUAGUCGAUCUCGUUCACGUCAUUCCUCUCGUCAUCGAUCUAAGUCACGCGGUCGUCGUGGUAGUAGAUCACCAUCAAGUGGUGAUGAUGAACGUUAUCGUCAUCGUCGAGGUUCACCAUUUGCUGGCCCAGGAAUGCCAUAUAUGAAUGUCGAACCAUUUCCUAAUGUACCACCAUUAUCACCACGUGCUGGUUCACCUGUUAUUCCUCCAAGAAGACCUGGUUGGUAA